GCGGGGCCUCCUCCUCCCAGCCCGGCGGCGCCCGCCGCAGCUGGGGCUUAAUCGCUGCUGCCUCCGCUGUGGACAUGGAGCCCCCGGACGCCUGGGCCGAGAUGCGCGGGGCCCCGCGGCUGCUGGUGCUCGCGCUCCUGCUGGGGGCGCACCCAGGCGUCCAGGCGGGAAUGCAGGUGUCCGUGGCCCCGCUGGUGGAGGUGAUGCGGGGGGAGACAGUCACCCUGGACUGCACCCCUUUGGGGGACCAUAACCCAUUCCUGCUGAAGUGGUUCCUGGUCGAACGCUCCGGGGCCCGCCACCUCCUCGCCGAGGCCCAGGUGCAGGGCCCCGAGGUGAAGCCCAGGGUGCACACCUCCCGGGGCCGCAGUCCCCAGUACCAGCUGCAAGGCCAGGGCCACCUGGUGCUGGUGGAGGCCCAGGUGACAGACGAGCAUGACUACGUGUGCGUGGUGACGGCGGCAGCGGGCACUGCCGAGGCCACCUCCAAGCUCCAGGUGUUUGUCAAGCCAGAGACCACCAAAGUCUUCCCCAACAAAGGGAUACUGUCUGUGAUGGACGACUCUGCCCAGGAGAUCGCCACCUGCCACAGCCAAAAUGGGAACCCGGCCCCCCAGAUCAAGUGGUACCGGAACGGGCAGCCCCUGCAGGUGCCCAUGGAGAGGAACUCAAAUAGCUACAUGACCACCCGCACCGUGCGCGAGGCCUCCAACCUGCAGUCUCUCACCAGCACCCUGUACCUGCGGGUCCACAAGGAGGACCGGGAGGCUAGCUUCCACUGCUCCGCGUACUACAGCCUGCCCCGGGCCCAGCACGGCCACCUGGACAGCCCGCCCUUCAGCCUCACCCUGCACUACCCCACGGAGCACGUGCAGUUCUGGGUGAGCCCGUCCACCACGGAGGGCUGGGUCCGCGAGGGCGACUCCGUCCAGCUGAUCUGCCAGGGGGACGGCAACCCCACGCCCGAGUACAUGUUCUAUCGCCUGCAGGACAGGGAGGAGAAAGUGCUGAACACGAAUCUUCACGGGAACUUUACCCUGGAGAGCGUGCAGCGGAACCAGAACGGGAUCUACGGCUGCCGGGUGUUAGACUAUGACGCUGCUGAUGAGGCUGAGCUCUCCAAGACGCUGGAGCUGCGCGUGGCCUACCUGGACCCCAUUGAGCUCAGCCAGGAGGAGGAGCUUUCCUUACCGCUGGACAGCAACGUAGACAUUACCUGCUCCGUGCAAGGCCUGCCCACCCCUGCUCUACGCUGGACCAAGGACGCAGUCCGCCUGGUGGAUGGCCCCACGCUCUCACUCAGCUCCAUCACCUUCAAUUCUGCUGGCACCUACAUAUGCGAGGCCUAUACGCCCACGGUCCCCCUCCUGAGUCGCACCCGGGUCCUCAAGCUGCUGGUUGAAGGGCAACCCGAGCUACAGCCGGAGGAGAUUUCCCCCCAGGCAGAGGGCAGCAGGAGAGAAGGAGAAGAAGUCAGGCUGACCUGCUCUGCCCGCGGCUACCCAGAGCCCAAACUCACGUGGAGCGAAAAGGGCGACAGUUCCACAGAGCCAGUCCCCGGCAGGCAGGGCUGGGUGAGCAGCUCCCUGACCCUGAAGUUGACCAACACCAUGAGCCAACACGGCGUCUCCUGUGAGGCCUCCAACCCGCUUGGGAGCACCCGGCAUGUCUUCCACUUCGGCCCUCUGGCCCCCCAGACCUCGCAGGCCGGAGUCGCUGUCAUGGCGGUGGCUGUCAGCGUAGGCCUCCUGCUCCUCGUCGUCGCUGCCUUCUAUUGCAUGAGACGCAAGGGGCGCCCCGGCUGCUGCCGAAAGGGGGAAAAGGCGGCUCCGCCGCCUGGGGAGCCAGAGCUGAGCCGUUCAGGGUCCCAGCGGCCUGAGCAGACAGGCCUUCUCAUGGGAGGUGCCUCUGGAGGAGCCAGGCGUGUCAGUGGGGGCUUUGGAGAUGAGUGCUAAGCCUGAGGGCCUCCGAGAGGCAGUCAUCGGACACAACCUGGAGUUGCAGGCAUCAGAGAACCAGCCCUGCUCACGCUCUGCCCUCCCCCGCCUUCCCGGCCUGCCCUCUUCCCUCUCCGGCCCUCCCUUCCUUCCUCUGCAGGCUGGGCAGGGACCUACAGACACUGCUGGGAGGGAGGGAGGGUGCGCUCGCUCGCUCUCUCUCGUGGGUGGGAGGGGACCUUCCUCCAGGGAGUAUGACUCUCCCAGGCCCCAGAAUAGCUUCUGGACCCAAGCCCGGGGCCCGGCCUGGGACGAGGCUCCGAGGGUCGGCUAGCUGAGGCUAUUUUUACCUCCUGCCUCCAUUGCUCGUCCCCCACCUGACGUCCUGCUGUAUAGUCUGACACUGGAUCCCCACCCCUGCUCCGCCCCCUCAUCAUGGACACUGGAGUCUGGAAUAAAUGCUGUCUGUCACCUCGA